UUCCAUUUCCAUUAGUUUCUGUCAUCAUUUCGCCUCUCAUUGUUCGUUUCUUUCAUCUUUUUCGCACCCCUAUUUUUUUGGGGAUCGAAAUCGGAAGCCGCUGUGUUGGAUUCUAGUUCGAAGAUGAAAAGAUCGUGUACGUGUUUUUGAUAUCUUUCUAACGACGAGCUUUUCAUAUCGCUCUUCUUCGAUCUCAGUCAUCUGCUUCAACUUUUUUUUUUUUGUGGGGUUCUUGUUCAUUUCCGUGAGCUGGUUGGAGUGCUCAUUGCGUUGGCUUUAAGGUCUUGUUGUGUUGCUUUUUAGCGUUUUGGGGGAAAAGGGGAUCAUUUUCUGUUUUCUGGGGCUUGUUCUUGGUGUUUUUCUUACCACAGCAUGUCUUUAAUUACAUGGUUUUUCAAGGUCGCAGUAUUUUGCUUUUAAAAAAAAGGUCGCAGUUUUGACUCUGUUUACUUGAGAGUCACGCUUUACAAUAAUAAGAAGUUGAUACAUUCAUUGUCCGAUUUCUCGGGAUAUUUCUCAAGUGGUCGCAUGUUUUUAUCGGGGUAUUCUAAAUCAAUGGCUUUUUUCUUCUAAUCUUCUGUUGAUCAUUCAUUUUUCCUGUGAUUUUUUUAUAAUCUCUGGCCUUCUAGGUAGAAUAUCUUUCUUGCAGUAUGAACACAGUAUUUAGCACCUUUCUAGUAAAAUCGGUUAUUUACUAAAUCAGCUACUUCACUUUCUAGUCUAGGCUUAAGCUGAAUUUGGUUCAUGUUUCUGAGGCUCCAUCUUCCAUUAGUGUGCUUUUUUAAGGUCUUUCAUCUCUCUCUCGACUCUCAACCAUAGUCAUUUGGAUGUCUGUCCUUGUUGAUUCUGAAAUUACAGUAAUUUAUGAAACUAAUUUGAUAUGUUAUGACGGCUGUUUAUGUUAAUCUGUGAGUAAAAUGUCAAGGCGGGUUAAAAAGAUGAUGCUCACAUGUUUGUAUACAGUUGCAGAAGCCUUGGGUGCUUUAUGAGGUGGUGAUCUUAGUCACGUGAAAAACAUAAUUAUGCUAACAGGACAAAAUUUUCUUUCUAGUACGAACAGGAAUAGUUAUUUUAUACACUCUUAACCCAAGCAAAGCUAGAAGUGAUAUCAAAAGAAUAAAGCAACUUGUUACUAACUACUCACAUCUCUCAUGCUAGAACCUAUGAAACAUUUGGGCAUUGUAUAGGAUAAUGAAGCAUGAAAUGUUAUGAAGGCAUUAUUUGAUGUCAGAUAUUCACUUUGGUAGGUCCCCCUGUACACUCAGGCUGCUAAAGCCAGAUCUUUCUAGAUCUUGAAUCAGGACGUCAGGGAAUCCUAAGAGUUAUAAAUCAUACCCACAAGACUUGUUUUCUUUGUUAAAUAAGAUUUCUUAUCGUAAUCUGUACUUGUUAUAAUUGCAAUUGAAACCGUUUGAUUUUUGACCUCUCAAUAUUUCUUUUCUGUAUUUUUACCGUUUCUGAAGUUAUAGAUCUGGUGGUGGUGCUUGCCUUCUUGUUAUUAUGGGGGAGAGAUAAAUAGGAUUGUUAUUGAUAAUCAUUGUCUUUAGUCAUGAUUACUUUCAGAAUGAUUUAUGCCAAAGAAAAUAAAACUAAUUUCCAGUUCAAUUAAAUUGAAUUAAAAUAUUAGAAAAGGGUUUUGAUUAUGCUAUCUGAAGCGAAACUUUAGCAUACUCAUCAACAGCUGACCAACAUGUCAAAGCAGGAAAAAGUAACGUUGUGCUUGUUACUGUGUUUACACUGUUUUGAGCUAUUCCUUUUUUGUUUUUUGAAGAUCUCAUUUUUAUCACAGUUGUUAACUUGAUUCAUUCGCUGAAUCUUCUUUUCCUAUACCUUGCUUGAUGUUAAAUUCUUGUUUAUGAUUUAAAUUUUUUGCUAAAACGUGUCAUUUUGGGAAAGAUGAUUAAUAGCCCUGAAAUGAACAUUGAACUUUUGAACUUCUGAUGCAUUUAUAUGUUAUUUUAGCUUCCUUGUCUUCUAAAUCCGCUGUCGGAGAGACUUUAUACCCUGUGGAAAGCGGGCAGACUCAACUUUAAUAGAUGAAGAACAAUAGGAAAUUCCAGUCCUUCAUCAGUGGCCUCGAUCUAAGCAUUAAAGCACAAGAAGACCCAUUUCACAAUUGCCUUGUUGAUUCGCAUUCUUGGUUAAUUUUCUGCUGAUGGAGUCGGUCCAGCCAUUGGCUGUGAUACCGAGCAAGAAGAAACUGGCUCGAACUAUCGCCAAAAUUCUUCAUAUUCGAACUCUGACUGGAAUUGCUCCAGUUGAUGGACUGAAGAAUGUUAAAACAGAUAGAGAUCUCCAAGAUGAAGGAAAUGUGGAUAAGGUUAUGAACUGGUCUCAGUCUUUUGAUGAAAAAGAUGAGUUUCAGGAAAGAGCAGCCAUGGAAGCUCUGCUUGCUAAACUGUUUGCUAGCAUUUCAUCUGUUAAAGCUGCAUAUGCUCAACUUCAGUAUGCUCAGUCGCCUUAUGAGCCUGAAGGCGUUCAAGCCGCAGAUCAAUUGCUAGUCUCUGAGUUGAAGAACUUGUCUGAGCUAAAGCAGUGUUAUUUGAAAAAGCAAUUUGAUUCUUCACCAGAGACAGCUAUACUGGAGGCCGAAUUGAAGGAGCUUCAUAGUGUUAUUAAGACUUAUGGCAUCAUGGGGAAGAAGUUAGAGUCUCAGGUUCAGCUCAAGGAAUCCGAGGUUGUGUUUCUUAAGGACAAGUUGCAGGAAGCUAUUAAGCAGAACAGGUCAAUGGAGAAGAGAUUGAACCAAAGUGGGUCGUUAUCUAUGCUUGAUAAUCUUCAUAUAUCAGGACUAAAUCCUGGCCAUUUUAUUACAGUCCUUCGCCAGACGGUCAGGUCUAUUCGGAACUUUGUUCGGUUGAUUGUAGAUGAGAUGAGAUCUGCUGGUUGGGACAUUGAUGCUGCAGUGGAUGCUAUUGAAAAGAAUGUAGUGUACUUGAAAGAGGAUCACAAGUGUUAUGCAAUUGAGUCAUUUGUUUGCAGGGAAAUGUUUGACUCUUUUCAGUUCCCUAAUUUUUCCCUUCCGAACGAGUCUUUACCAGAUAGAAACAAUCUACGUCAAGUGUUCUUCCUGAGAUUCAACGAACUGAAAUCCAUUAAAGCAAAAGAAUAUCUCGCCGAGAAACCAAAAUCUCCAUUUGCAAAGUUUUGUCGGGUCAAGUACUUGCGACUUAUUCAUCCGAAGAUGGAAUCAUCGAUAUUCGGUGAUCUGAACCAGAGAAACCUUCUGAAUACAGGAGAGUUUCCCAGCAGCAGCUUCUUUUCGUCAUUUGCUGAGAUGGCAAAGAGGGUAUGGCUCUUACAUUGCCUGGCCUUCUCUUUCGAGCCGCAAGCUUCAAUCUUUCAACUGAGGAAGGGAUGCAGGUUCUCUGAUGUGUACAUGGAAAGUGUAAAUGAAGAAAUUUUCGUCUCAUCGGAGACGGACCAGACGGUGGAAUCAUACCCACAAGUGGCUUUCACAGUAGUACCAGGUUUCAAGAUUGGUAAGACUGUUAUACAGUGCCAAGUUUACCUCUCACGGUCCCAACCAAAGGUUAAAAAGAGGGAACCUUCCAUGAAGCAAAGUUAGUGGCCAACUGGAGAGACACGAGAAGCCAUUGUUUCUCUGCAAGUGGCUAGAGGUGAUUAGGUAGGGUCAGUCUGCAGAUGAAGACUUGUAAAUUAGGUUUAAUCAUAUGAAGGGACAAGUAAAGAAAAUGAAGAGACGGGGGUUGCAUGGUUAAGCACCAAGAACUAGAGUGAGCCAAUGAAAACUCAGUUAGGUGUUAUGGAGGGUACACUCCAAUUUUGAUGAGUUCUUUUUUUUAAUUGGCUUCUUGUGUAAGUUGUGUUGUGCUGUGUUGGAUUCCAAACUGGAUUCUUAAUGUCCAUGUGACUCUUCUCAUCCCCAUCUCUCUGUAGUGUAUUUUAUAUGCUCUUAUUUACAUUUAAAUAUAAAAAUAUCUCAAUUAGGCA